AAGAGCGACGAUAACGGAAGCCCAAAACUCCAUGACAUCACCGCCGCAAUGCAGUCAUCGGCAACCAUGCCCUUCAGAUAGUCUGCAAUCUCAUUUACCCGUUUGCUCAAAUCACAACCACACCUUCUAUCUUUCAUAAAGCCCAUCAAUCACCGAAAACAAACAUACAAUGUCAUCAGAACAAUCCUCAGAGUCUCAGGCCUCGAUGCUAGGCGGCCACGCCAAGUACGUCCAAGGCGCCAUCUCCUCAGCCCUAGGCUACGAGACCGGCGAGCAAACCAAGUCCGAGGCCGUGCAAGAAAUGAAAGACGCCAAAGCCCAGUCGUCAGGCGAGCCUGCGCAAUCAAGUAUCUUGGGCACGGUCGAGAAGACGGCCGGUAGCCUGACUGGGUGCGAGGGUAUGGUGGAUGAGGGACAACAGCGGAUUCCGGCGAAGGCCGGGAUCGAGGAGACUAAUGGGACUGGGUAGAGUACACAUCGAUGGAGGGGGAUUGAUGAGACAACACGAUAUUGCAUGAAGGAGGAAACUGACCAGCGCUGUGUGACCAGAGGAUCCCAUGAGGACGACCAUGUAAGAUCGAUUUGCUGUCGAGUCGACUCCAAGAGAGCUGCACUGGUCUGAUAUCAACAAACCCAUCAGGAUCAACAUGGACGUAGCCCUUGAUAUCUUUGCAGAGCCCUUCGCUUGUAUCGUUCUAGAGUGAGUGCGUUCGCGCUGUGAAGGCUGCCGAUCUCAAUGCCCAGAUUUGGGCCUUUUGUCCUUAGAGCGGGCACUGUCGAAGUAUGAAGUCCAGAUUUGUCUGUGACAUGAUGGACUUGAAUCUGUUUAAACCGUCU